AAAACCACCCGGCCUUCUAAAUUAUUUGUCAGCUGAACAUCCUGGUUCCAAAAAAAUAAAAUAAUAGAUGGAUUCGACAUGGGGUUGUGCAAGAUUCUUCCAUCUUCUUCUCCCUCUAUGUUUGAUUUUGAUGAUCAACGGUGUAGAGUUUUGUUAUGGUGGAAUAACUAGUACUUAUCUAAGAGAUAAAAAUUUGAGCCUUGACAUGCCAUUGCACAGUGAUGUUUUCUCACUUCCUGCUGGUUAUAAUGCUCCUCAACAGGUUCAUAUCACCCAAGGUGAUCGUGAGGGGAAGGGUGUGAUUAUCUCUUGGGUCACGCCUGAUGAACUUGGCUCGAGUACAGUUCUUUAUUGGGCUGAGGAUAGCAAGGUGAAGAAUAUUGCAAAUAGCACUGUUGUUACCUACAAGUACUACGAUUACAAUUCGGGGUAUAUUCAUCAUUGCACCAUCGAGAAUUUGGAGUAUGAUACCAAAUAUAUCUAUGAGAUUGGUGAUGGAAGUAAUGCACGUCGAUUUUGGUUUAUUACCCCUCCUAAAGUUGGCCCUGAUGUUCCUUAUACCUUUGGCCUUAUAGGGGAUCUUGGUCAAACUUUUGACUCUAACAAGACACUAACUCACUAUGAGUUGAACCCAGCAAAGGGACAGACAAUGUUGUUUGUGGGAGACCUUUCUUAUGCUGAUUGUUAUCCAAAUCAUGAUAACACCAGGUGGGACACUUGGGGAAGGUUUAUAGAGAGAAAUGCAGCUUAUCAACCUUGGAUUUGGACAGCCGGGAAUCAUGAAAUUGAUUUUGUUCCUGAAAUUGGUGAAUACGAACCUUUCAAGCCUUACAAACAUCGCUAUUUUGUGCCCUACAGAGCAGCGAAUAGCACAUCUCCUCUCUGGUACUCAGUCAAGAGAGCUUCAGCAUACAUCAUCGUCAUGUCUUCCUACUCUGCUUAUGGAAAAUACACUCCUCAGUACAAGUGGUUAACCAAUGAACUACCAAAGGUAAACAGAAGCGAGACACCAUGGCUCAUUGUACUUAUGCAUGCUCCAAUGUACAACAGCUACGCACAUCACUACAUGGAAGGAGAAACCAUGAGGGUAAUGUAUGAAUCAUGGUUUGUGGAGUACAAAGUUGACGUUGUUUUCUCAGGUCAUGUACAUGCAUAUGAAAGAUCUGAACGGAUAUCUAAUAUCCGCUACAAUGUUGUAAACGGGGAAUGCACUCCCAUGAGUGACCAGUCUGCUCCAGUUUACAUUACCAUCGGAGACGGAGGGAAUCAAGAAGGAUUAGUGACAGAAAUGACAGAACCUCAGCCAAGUUAUUCAGCUUACCGUGAAGCAAGCUUUGGUCACGGAACUUUUGAGAUAAAGAACAAAACCCAUGCUUAUUUCAGUUGGCAUCGCAACCAAGACGACUAUGCUGUUGAAGCAGACUCUUUGUGGUUUCAUAACAGAUACUGGAAAUCAUCGGAACAGUUAGCCGUUGCUUCAUAUCGUUGAGGAUUUCGUUUCUCCUUUUCAUCUCUGUGUACCAGGCUUCCAGCCAUUGUGUAUAAAAGAACUCCUGCCGAACUUUUGGAAUCAUGAACCAAGUCAUUAUACCAUAAUUUUGUGGGUGAUUUCCUUUUAGAACAAAAAAUGUACUGUAAUUUGCAAAUUGUAUAACAGCUCGUUUCUUCUCGAAACAGAGCAUGCCUAAUUACUCGAGGUUAAUGCAAGAUGAUAUAGAAAAGAUAAGUUCA